GGAGACGCCACAGGAGCGAAAACGUCUCGAGCGCGCACAAACCUUUUCGCUGUUAAUAGCAGCCAGUGCGGAGUGGAGUGGCACGAUGGAGACUGAGAGCUGUUUAUCUUUUGCUUCUCCUCCGAACAGGACGACGCCGGAGCAGUCUCCAGGUCUGGAACAUAAUUCUGCCUCUUUCUUCCAGUGUGACGAGCUGCAGAAAUCACCGCACGCUCACGUGUCGCAAAGGCACGCCGGGCGCGCGGACUUCUUUACUGCGCGCUACGCAGCGAACGGCGCGCACGCGGACUUUACGCACAGCCUCGGCGGCUCCUCACCCAGAAAACACGGCAAGUACUUGGAAACCACCGCGACGGACCAAAAACCGUUAUCCAUAACCGAGAAGAGCUCAUUUUACGACAGCAGUUCCAAUGUGGGUGAGAAGUCAUUGCCUAAGCCUUUGGCUUAUCCUGUUCUGGACUCUGAAUGCUGUGGCAAAUUGAAAGAGCCUUCAGAUGGACUAACUGAAGGAGACCCCAUUGCAGACUCCAUCAACCUUUCAGGCAAAAACAAGAAACGAAGGAACCGCACCACAUUUAGUACUUUUCAGCUGGAAGAACUGGAGAAGGUCUUUCAGAAGACACACUACCCAGAUGUGUAUGCACGGGAGCAGUUGGCCCUGAGGACUGAGCUCACUGAAGCACGAGUGCAGGUCUGGUUUCAAAACAGAAGGGCUAAAUGGAGGAAGCGGGAGCGCUAUGGCAAAAUGCAAGAAGUGCGAAAUCACUUUGCCGCUACAUAUGACAUCUCCCUGCUCCCUCGCUCCAAUACAUACCAGAUGCAGGGUAACCUGUGGCCUGGAGGAGGAGGUGCAGGAGGGGCCAGUGGGGGCUGCGUCUUGGGCACAGACAGUAUGCCUUCUUCAUGCAUGGCUCCUUACCCUCAUCCCCAUGCACACCCCCAUGCUCAUGGGCUUAUGGGAAUGUCCACGUCACCGACUCACCCUCCACAUCAUCCUCAUCCUCACCAUCCAGGCAUCAAUGGCCUGUACUCCCUGCACAGCUUCCAAGGAGGUCUGGGGGCUCAUUCCUUUGAGCCCAGCCCUGAGUCUGACUACAAGCCUUCAGGCCUGGUGGCACUGCGCAUGAAAACCAAAGACCCUGGCAGCCUCUUGUCUUGGCCAACGUGACUCGUAUUUAAUUAGGACUGAGCCAACAUAUAAUCAACGGAUUCACACAGAAAUCCAAACAUUGGAGUUUUGGACAGUGUCCAUCUCCCAUCAUGCAGCAGGAACAGUUUCAGUCCUAAUCCUUUGCUAGAUUUGCAGUUGAUGUAAUAGUAAUAACAAAAAUACCUGUAUAUGCUGUUUAUAUGUUUCCAUACGGGAGCAUGUAAUUGGUUACUGUCAAUAUUUUUUAAAAUAAGCAAGCCAAAGGUUGCCUUAAUGUUGAAUUUUUUAAAGAAUGUAUUCUAUGAAAAUAGCAUAACUGUCCAAAGAAUGACAUUUUUAUUUAAAAUAGUUAAUCACAUAUUUCUAGUGUAUACUGAUUUUUUUCUAGUAUGACAGUCAAUAAGUGGCUUUUAUGUUUCAGUU